AUGACGAAGCGCGGAGCCGAAGGAGACGCUGCAGAAGCGCGCCCCAAGAAGACGCACUGGGGAGAAAAUGGGGAAAACAGUGAAGAGGACGUCCAGUGCGCUGAUGAAGAUGAAGUGGACCCCAGAAUUCAGGGAGAACUGGAGAAGUUAAACCAGUCUACAGAUGACAUUAAUCGGUGGGAAAGUGAACUUGAGGACUACCGCCAGCGUUUUCGGGCAGUCCUGGUGGAAGCGACAAUGAAGCUGGACGAGCAGAUGAAGAGGAUUGGCAGAGCUGUGGACGACUCCAAACCGUACUGGGAGGCUCGCAAAGUGGCCCGACAGGCCCAGAUUGAAGCUCAGAAGGCCGCUCAGGAAUUCCAGCGGGCCGUUGAGAUCCUGAGAGCCGCCAAAGAAACCAUCUCUCUGGCUGAAGAGAGGCUGCUGGAGGAGGACAGCCGUCAGUUCGACUCCGCUUGGCAGGAGAUGCUGAACCAUGCUACGCAAAGGGUAAUGGAGGCAGAGCAGGCAAGGACACGCAGUGAAGCCGAACACCGAAAAACUGCAGCCAACUACAACUCCUGCAUCAGUCACAUGAAGCAGCUCGAGAAGAAACUCAAACGCUCCAUCAACAAAUCCAGGCCUUACUUUGAACUGAAGUCCAAGUAUUAUAUCCAUCUUGAGCAACUGAAGCGGCACGUGGACGAGCGGCAGGCGAAACUGGUGGUGGCGAAGGCAGAGUACCGCACAGCUCUGCGGAAUCUGGAGAGUAUCUCAGAGGAGAUCCACGCUCAGAGACGCUCGCUCGCUCUGGGCCUCCGUGAGCAGGGCGUGGGUGCAGAGAAGGACACCACCCAUGAGGACAUCGACGACUUCAACAUGGAGUCAGACGGGUUGUCCAUGGUGUCCGUGUGCAUGGAUGGAGAGAGCAGCAGUAGCUCCUCUGGGGAAGAGUCUGACACCUCCACCCCUCUGUCCUCAUCAUCCUCCACUCCCUUGGACCUGCCCUCUCCCCUGGUGUCCCCUUUAGAGCCCCCUCUAGAGCACCCUCUCAAGCACCCAUUGGCCCCCAGUCCCAGCUCAGUGGAGGCUGCGGGCCUGUGCAGCUCCCUUAGUCCAGACUCCCCUGUCCUGGGCCCUCGCAGCCAGUGCAGCGGGGCCUCGUCUCCAGAGUGUGACCAGGAGAGAGACGACAGAGCAGAAGAGGCAGAGGAGGCACUAGAAGCAGGCCUGAACAAACUCACACUGACUGUAGCAGAGAAAGACUUGAGAGACUCUGAUGGAGAAAGUGAAGACCCUGGAUAUGUGAGCCCGGACCCCCCACCCUGCUGCCCAACACCAUCUGAAGCUCAGCUAAUAACACUGCCAUGA